AUAGACUGCCCACCCAACUCACGCCCUGACCAUACUAACUAUAUACAAAACACAGGAAAUAAAGGUCAGAACGUGACAAGUAAUAAGGUCCUCAAUCAGCUUUCUGAAUAUCCCAGAGGCACCAAAACAUCAAAUGGAAGAACAUUUCAAAGAUUGUUCCACAAAUAUGAUUCAUGAAAAGGAAUAGCUGAUCUACCUAGCUAACUCAUGAGAGACCAAAGUAAUUUCCAGAGUUAGACAUCCCUGUGGUAACUCCUAUGUCUAAAGUUUAGCAAAGAGCUUAGUAGCCUACAGUGGGACCUUUUGUAAAAAAGGCUUUAUAAACUAAAACAUAGCAAUGUAUCAACCUAUAUGACAUCAAAGAAGAUCAACAAACUUUCUGGUAGAGAAUACAAUGAUGAGUAAUACAAUUCUUGCCCACAAUGUUAAAAUGUGCUCUUGACAUUCCUAUUACAUCAUAAUGACUUUGAUUUAUAAGUUUCCACUAUUGCGGAAGUGAUGUGAAGAUUAAGAGAGGUGGUUUGGGAAUGUGAACUUGGCACAUACUGUUCUUUCUGUCACACCAUUUCCUGGAAAAGUAACAUGUACAUCUGCCACAAGAUAAUAUGUAAAAAAAAUAUGUAGUCAAAUUCGAUAGCUAACCCACUGAUCCUGCGUUGUUGUAAACCCCUCAGGUCUAAAAUGUGUAUGUAUGUGUAUUUUAUCCAACAGAAUAAUUUGUUUGUUGAUUUGAAUAUGUCACAGUGGGGGAUAAUCUUCCAAGUCCCCGGAAAAACAUAAAAAAUACAGUAUUAUAACAAAUUGAUCAGGGAACCAUAUUUUCUACCCUUGAUAUGGCUGUGGCUCCAGAAAGCUAUACAGUCAGGAACUUUCAUAUUGUAGUUGGAAAUACAUGUAUACCUUCAUGCAUCUCCCUGUGAUACUGCUGUACAGAAACAAAGCACCAUUUACAACCAUCCAACUCAGUUUCAUUUACAGUGAAAUGUAACUUAAGUUAACAAUGACAUCUUCAUCACUGGCAUCUAAUUUGUCCAGGUCAUCCAGUUUACCUUGGAAACUUGGCACAGACUGAUGCAUAGAGACUAACUACACAGGGGGAAAACAUCAACCUGAACCGGUUUGAAUGUGGGUGGCUCAACUCAAAUUUGACUAUAAAAAGGACACAUCAUCCAGGGUCAGUCAUUGCAUUUCAAGAGCCAAGACAGAUUCGCCUAUGAUUCCCACAAAAGGAUAAAACCGUCUUGAAACAGAAAAAGAGUCCAUACCACCACAUGAAGUACAACUAAUAUUCAACUAAUGGUUCAGCUUGGGACCGGAGACAACAAAGAUGGCACACAACAAGGGGUCAUCCCUGUCCAAUGCCCGUGGUCGUGAAAUUUAUGUUGGAAGUCAAAUCAGGGAUUCCAUUUCACUUCUGGAUGUUUUGUACGCAAAUGAAUUUGAAGAAGAGGACAUAGACUCCGCAGUAGCUAAGAAGACCGAGGUAGAUUUUUACAGAGGAGCCCCACCUCAAUGGCUUAACUUCUACUGGGCUGAAAGGGCAACGUCAGUUGAUAAAAUAACCCCCUUUAUCAAAAGAGACGGGUACACGGAGCUGAUAGAAAAUAUUAAGAAACGGCGUAAGGGCAACCUGACACCUACCAUGAAUCUGCUGCAUCAGCCAGGCAGCGGAGGAACCACUCUGGCCAAGCAGGUGCUCUGGGAUAUGCGUAAAAAGCUCAGAUGUGCUGUUCUAACAGGCCCUACCUCAGACUUCACAGCUAUCGCCAAGCAGGUGAUUCACCUUUUCAUUGCAGGCAGCCAAGGCCACCAGAACACUGUGCUCUUACUGCUGGAAGAUGAGCGUAUUCUGGAGAAUCUGCAGGAUGCCAUCAUGAAAGAGAUUACAGACCGAAACAUUACAACCCACAUGCCUGUGGUCAUCAUUUUAAACUGUGUGCGUAAGGAAGUUAUCAAACAAGAGGACCAUAACAACUCAAGACAUGUUAUUCUCAGGGCGGAACUUUCUGAAGCAGAGAAAAAACAGUUUGAGGAGAAACAGAUUGAGAUCAGUCGAAGCUACAGCAAUGAACACAAACAGUUUCAUGGCUUUAACAUAAUGCGAGAAAAUUUCAGUGGAGAUUAUGUUAAAGAAACAUGUGUCUUUUUAGAUGUCAGGAAAAAAAGAAGACCUAAAAAAAAACAGCUUCUUGCAUUCUUAUCACUGGUGAAUGCCUACGUCCCUGGAUCCCACUUUCUGCAGUCUCAAUGUCAGGCAUUCCUGGGGCCUCCAGAUCCCAUUUAUGGAGGCCCUUCCUUUGAGCAGCGAAUGGAGCCUUUCAGUCAUCUGAUAGUGACAUUCCCUUCAGAACAGGGACACGACAAACACGUCCGCAUGGCUCACCCACUGAUUGCACAGCAGUGUGUUAAGGUAUUGGCUACAGCAGGUGUGACCAGGAGUGAUACAGCAAGGAACUUUCUGAUAGACUUUUGUGGAGAAGAGGUGCAGCAACAUUUGAUGCCUGUCAUCAAAGACAUGCUAACUAAGAGGGAAAUCACAGUGGACCGUCAGCAGAAUACAGGAUAUGUAUGUGUUUUACAAAACAAGCCAACGAAAAGGGAAAUGGGAGAAGAGAGGAAAGACAUGUUUUCCAGGUUGAUUCACGAUAUUGAAGACAAUGAAUUCAAAAGCAAUUGUGUAUCUGUUUUGCAAUUAGCUUCAGAGAAAAUCACGCAAAACCCAUUUUUUCCUCAAGCUCUUGCUCGUUUCUUUUACCUUAGGAUGGGGGAAUAUGAUGAAGCAGAGCAGUGGGCAAAAAUAGCAAAAGACAGAGAUCCUAAGAAUUCAUUUGUUGCUGACACUCUGGGGCAAGUAUACAAGAACCAUUUAAAUAGCAGAGUCCAUGAUCCUUCCAUCUCUGCACAAGACAUCUUGCAACUGGCAGUAAAGGCAUUUGAGGCUUUCAAAGAUGUGGAAAGGGCUGCUGAAAAUGAGCAAGGAGCAGACAUGCAAGAUGAUGGUAUGACAAAAGUCUCACACAUCUUUAACAACAGAGGACUAUUUGGAUAUCUACAGGUUGCCAACAUCGUUUUUGACUCACUUGUCUCUCAUGACAAUGACUGGCAAAAGGUCCUUACCAUGGAAAUAUCUGCUGACUCUUUCUUCAUAUCAAUCAGACAUAAAAAGCUCUUCAAGUACAAGCCACUCAUCAUCAGCCUCAGGGAUGAGGUGGAGAGGAAAUGUGAGUUUUUUGAUGGUUACCUGACGUACUCCAAGCCCAGCAUGAAAAUAAAUGAACCAAAUUACUUUCAGACUGAUGUCAAGAACUGUUACUGCAAAUACGUGGGGACAUGUACACCGAUACACUCAGAGUCUGCAAUAGAUGUACCCCUCCAGAAGCUCAAAGAAGAAAUGGCCAUUACUUUCCCUGGACUGCUUUGCUGUCUUGAUAAGGGCUAUGAUGAAUCUAACUUGCGCCGAAUAACAAAAUUGUGGGAGGAAAUACAAGAAUGUGAAAAAAAUAAAGAUGGUGGUGGUGAGAAUCAAGCUUCCCAAAACUUCAUCCUUGCCAACAUCAUCUUAAGCAAAGUGGAAGCAGCAUCUCCAGUGCUUACCCCGUUGUCAAGCCUAAGAAGCAGUCUGGAGAGACAUCUAGUGGCUAAUCUCAGUAACCAAACCCCAGAGUUUUACUUCUUAGUCCUUUUGCUGUUUUGGCCUGAGGAGCAUAAGAAAAUGGAUUUCAAUAUUGACCUCAACAAAUGUGUUCUGGAGAUGCAAGAGUCCUACAAAAACACAUACAAAAAGCAUCUUCGCUCAAGGUACCUUCUCCCCCUUAUUUUCCUGGGUAAGGGUGAGGGUUUGAGCAGACUGGUUCAUAGAGCAAAAAUAGACAACCUAUUGAUAGAGGAGAAUCCAAUGGCAAGGCCAGAGGCAAGGCCAGACUUUAUCUCUCAAAAGUGGAGCAGUGGUGAAGUGUGGAGAAAACCCAGUAUCCAGGACCUUCUUCUUCCAGUCAAUGGAGUGGUUAGACAGCACCGGGUGUUUGCGCAUGUUGAUGCCAAGGAGAUUGAAGUCUGUGCCGACCAACAAAGCAAAGUUUGGAAGUCUGGAGACGUCUGCUUCUACCUUGGCUUCACCAUUAGAGGUCCUGUGGCCUAUGGCAUCAACUACCCAUCCCAUCACGGACAUGUCUCCCAUUCAGAUAGGAUGACAGGGGAGGUACCUCGUAAAAUGUUGGAAGUACCUGACAUCAAAUCGAUCAAAGACGAGCCUGUGAGAAGCUGCGCAACAUGUGCCAAUGUCAUGGAGUCUACCAACUGGGUUCAGGUUGAACCUGUGGUCAUCACUGAAGAAGCCCCAAUGUUCAGCAUGUCUCUCCUAGGGCGCUACGAGUGCAGAGUAUCAGGGCUCCGAUGGGUGUGUAAAGACCAUGUCAGUCUGCAGUAUCAAUUCAGCUCCUGGGAACCUCACAGUGCAAUUAUGAAAAGCUUGGGGUACAAGCAAGGAGGCCCCCUAUUGGACGUCACAAUCCUUGCAGGAGAACUGGAAGAAGUGCAUCUGCCACAUUUUGCCUGUUUCGGCGAUGAUCCCUCUUUUAAGGAGAAAGUGAGAGUUCUACAUGUAGAAGACUGUGGUGUGUCCGUAGAACAAGUGGAGGAAGUCACCCGCUUCCACGUCAAGAUCCUCCAUCCAACCUUCUCUACAAAAGGAGUUCUCGUGAGAUCUGGCUUUCCGCUGAAUGUACACAGUGACUUGCUCAUCUACCAGGCCAAGCCCCCAUCUUGGACAGACCCCUGAAGAGAGGAGUCAUCACUGACAAUGGCUACAGUGACGUGAGAUCUGAAAGAACCAAACAGAAGAAGAUGAAGGAGCUCUUUGAUGGGCCCCUGACAGGAUGUGGCCCCAAAGGCAAAGAUAUUUUAUUAGAGAUCCUGAAAGAGCAGGAGCCAUUUCUAAUCAGAGAAUUGAAGGGUGAAUGAGAAGCUGAAUACAUUUGAAGUUUAAUUUUAGGGGAAAGGACACGAAUGACAAGACUCCUAGACAGGGGUUAUCGCUGACGAAGGCUAUGAUAAGUUGAUGGCUAAAUGCACCACCCAGGACCAGAUGAGGACGCUCUACUCAGGACCAACAACGUUAAGUGGCACCAAAGACACCUUCUAUGUCAUCCUGGAGGAGCUUGUAUCAUCCCUGAUCGAUGAACUAUUCAUUGACAAACCACCUAUAAUCAUUGAUAGGUGAAUGAAGGAGGGGUGGUGAAAUGUUUCUUUAAAAAAGGGCAGAAAUCUGAUGGCAAUUUCACUUUGUUUCUUUGUGUGUUAAUGACUUUGAAUAUAAUCACAAAUAUUUAAAAGAAAACACUUUUUUAUGGAGUGUUGGAGUUUGAUUAGAAUUCUAUUUAUUUAUUUAGAGACAAGAAAAUAUAUAAAGGAAAGAUUUUAAAGAAAAAUGUAUUGACUUAAUUUAGGCAACUAUGUGAAUGACAAAUCAGUGAUGGUAAGGAAUACCAGUGAUCAGCAUGUCAAUCAAAAUACAAAUAUAUAACAUUGUAAAGCUUUACUCAACAGCUUAUAACAGCUGUUUCUAUCAUCCGUACUGGGCAGGCGUGUCCUCCCAAGCAUCAAUAUGAAAAACUCUUACGAGUGGCUUUGUUUGUGUCUUGUAAAUAAUUGCAUUAAAGCAAACCCUCUGCCACA